UCGGGGCUUUCAGGGUAAGCGGCAGUCAGCUUGCCGUGGUGACUUGCAGCCAUGCUUCUCAGGUUUAUCUGUGCGGUUGUUACUAGGGCACUAUUUAUUUUAAUUUCACUCAUAGGUGUGUGGAGAGUGGCAUGGGUGAAAGAUAAUCGGCACUAUUGGCUUCUAACUAUCUUGUUUCUGCCUCUUUUGGUGGAAAUGAUUUUAACAUUGAGGAGGAGACAAGGACAAGACUGUAAGUGGUUCUCUCCAGCAAUUUUAUUGUUCCUUGUCAGCAUUAUACCGAGCAUUUGGAUCCUUGAGCUUCAUCAUCAGCAGAAUAAACUAAUGGAAGCCAAGUGUAAUCGACUUGAUUCUUCAGAAAGCAUUAAAGAAUUGUUUAAUAAGCAGUUUAAUUCUUCGAAUGGAACCAAUGCGUUUGAGAUUAUACAGAACUCUCAGAAGAUCUUGUCAUCAGUGUGCCUCAACGACUGGAUUUUGGCGCUCCACCAGAUCUUGCUGGUGCUGCUGAUUGUGGGGAAGUGGCUGAUGCCUAAUGAAGGAGGCCUUACUAGAGACGAGCUCUCGCAACUGCUUCUCAUCUUCGUUGGAACGGCGGCGGACAUUCUUGAAUUCACCAGUGAGACUCUGUCUGAUGUCAAGGAUAAGAGCCCAGUGUUGGUGUACAUUAUUCUAGGCGUCUGGACGUGGAGUAUGCUACAGUUCCCUCACAAUCUUACAGUGUUAGGCUCUAAAACAGAGGAGUAUGAGACGCCGGCUGCCGCUCUCAUUUCUCAACACCGAACAGACCUCUGGUCCGCGAUCGAAGCCCUCUUGAUUCAGGACGGCCCGUUUUUGGUGGUCCGUCUGACCGUCAUGUUUCACUUUGAAAUUCUUCACCAAAUGCUGGUUUUCUUCGCCAUCAAGAAUUUACUGGUGGUGGCACUUAACAUAUAUCGACUCUGGGUCAUUUGUUGGGACUCCAGAUGUUGAAAAAGUCUCGUCACUAGACCCGUAAAACGCACUUUAAAAAAAAUUGCCAUCAUCUAUCCAAAACUUGUUUGAACAGUUUUUUACAUUUUAUAUUUGAGAUUCAUUAAAAAAGUGUAUUCUGACUUACUUAGUUAGUGGAUAAAUUAUACAUCCAUGUAGUAUUUUUACUUUCCAUUAAAAAAUAACACAAAGUAGAAUAGUAGAUCAGAACAUUAGUUUAUAAAUUAGUAUAAAUAACAAACCAGCAAAAUUAUUGUAUACAUAUACCAGGGAUGGACAGUAUUUUUGUAUACACGGACACACACAUAUUUGAAGUAGCACAAACUAUUAUAUAUAUUGCAAUCUUUUUUUGUUUUGUUAUGCUUGAUACAGAAGAAGAAAAAAAAUCAUUCAAAAUUCACGUGUGCUAUAUUUCCAGUAUUUAUGUUUGCAUGGUGACAUCAUGAAAACAGAGCGGCUCAGCGGCUUGAACAUAUCAGCAACACCAAACACUUAUCAAAGACACCUUCUGUGAGUAAACUGUUUAUGAAGAGCUCAUGCAAUGUCUACACCCAUCAGGAAGAAAAAGAUAGCUGGGAGUGAUGACUAACUUGUUUCUGUUCAGGAAGACAAAACAGGAUUUUUCCUCACUGUUUAAUAGAUUUUACAUCAAAGCUGCCUGUAUUGUGAAAGUCAGGUCAAAACUAGAGCACUGGAA